UCACCAACACAUCUUAUACCCUAGAAGCUCAUUAAUCACAAUAACAAAGAGUUCAAACAUCCAUACACCUAAGUUGCUUUGCUCCUCCAUCGCCGUCCAGCAAAAAAAUGGCUCCAAAGAAAGGUGUAGCAGUAGCAGCAAAGAAGAAACCAGUUCAGGCGAAAGUGGUGAAUCCACUGUUCGAGAAGCGGCCAAAGCAGUUUGGGAUCGGUGGUGCAUUGCCGCCCAAGAAGGAUCUGACCCGUUUCGUGAGAUGGCCUCAGGUUGUUCGUAUCCAGAGGAAAAGGAGGAUUCUUAAGCAGCGUUUGAAGGUUCCUCCUGCUCUUAACCAAUUCUCAAAAACCCUUGACAAGAAUCUUGCCACGAACCUGUUCAAGAUGCUAUUGAAGUACAGGCCUGAAGACAAAGCUGCAAAGAAGGAGCGUCUCGUAAAAAGAGCUCAAGCUGAAGCAGAAGGGAAAACACCCGAGACUAAGAAACCUAUUAUUGUGAAAUAUGGUCUUAAGCACAUAACCUACCUUAUUGAGCAGAACAAAGCACAGUUGGUGGUUAUUGCUCAUGAUGUGGACCCAAUAGAGUUAGUCGUGUGGCUGCCAGCAUUGUGCAGAAAGAUGGAAAUUCCGUACUGCAUUGUGAAGGGAAAAGCACGUUUAGGAUCCAUCGUGCACAAGAAAACUGCUUCCGCACUAUGCUUGACAACUGUGAAAAAUGAAGAUAAAAUGGAGUUCAGCAGAAUUUUGGAGGCAAUCAAGGCAAACUUCAAUGACAAGUAUGAGGAGAACAGAAAGAAAUGGGGCGGCGGUGUCAUGGGAUCCAAAUCACAAGCAAGAACCAAGGCGAAAGAGAGGGUUCUUGCCAAGGAAGCAGCACAGAGAAUGAACUAGAGCUUCUAUUGUAUGUUGCUGUUGGAUUAAACCUCUACCAAUUUUGUGUUUUGGUUCGCAUGCUUGAGCAAUGUUAGAGAUCCUACAUGGAUUAGACUUUUAUAUUUACUAUGUUUUACAGAUUAUGUUCUUAUGCAAAAGACUUUCCUACUUUGUCAGUUUUCUGAAUAGAUGGUUGGUUGAGUUGGUUAUGUGCGAGGAUAAAAUGAGAAGGCUCUUCCAUUCACUA